AUGCGUUUACGUAAAUCUUUUAGUCAAUCACUUAAAAAAUCCGUUCGCAAAGUUAAAGUUGCCUUAAACAACAAGAAGAAAACAAAAAAUGAAGUAGGAACCAUAAAUUUAAGUGAAAAGCGAGCCGGCAGAGAUAUUAACGACUCCACGUGGCUGGACCUAGGUGCAAACUUACAAGACAAUAGAAUAGAACAUUGGUGGCAAACGGAAGAAGAAAGAAUUAUGGGUGAAUUACGAAGCGUUGGUAAAACUGAACCAAUCUCGUUAUAA